CCUACUUUCCCCUCCCACUAUACUUCCUUGAGGUAACUCACCCAAACAGACGAAGACCUAAAAAGUAGGUCAAAGCACCGGCAGUUAGUGAAUAUACCCUUUCAACGUAGAGCAUUGUAUAAAUAGCCGUUUUAUCUUCUAAGAAUGCCACGAACAAGAAGAAGACGUGCUGUGCCAAACGCCGAUGACGGCCCUCCAGCAACCAGAAGCAGAAUGACUGUCGGAGACUCAGGUGUUAGUCUGUCAGAAGGCAGACACAAAUUAGUUACAGAUGAAAAGUUUAUGGAAAUGAACAAAGUGUUGAACAACAUUGACGAGGAAAAUGGUUUGAAAUUUAUUGAAGCAGAUUUUCACAUUGAAGACAACCGGAAGGACCACCAUACUCUUGAAUAUGAACAUAAAGAUCUGAUUGUUCGUAGAGGGCAGCCUUUUACUCUCAUGUUGAAGUUUGAUCAGCAUGUCUAUACCAGUGACCUAAUAACACUACAAUUUUGUAUAGGUGACCGUCCUCUGCAGAGUAAGCGAACAGUGGUUCGUGUGCCAGUGUUGUUUCACUCAUCAGAAACUCUCUCCACAGCUGAGAAUUGGAGUGCAGUGAUUAACGAGCGGUCAGGGCAAUCUGUCUCAGUGACUGUGACCCCUUCAGCAGAAGCAAUGGUGGGAAAAUACCAGCUGUUUGUGGAAACCAAGAGAAACGACAAAGAGAAUCGUCAGCAAGCAAAAUCCCCUAUCUAUGUCCUUUUCAAUGCUUGGUGUAAAGAUGAUGCUGUUUACAUGGCCGAUGAUGACUUAAAAGAGGAAUAUGUGUUGAAUGAGAAAGGAAGACUUUGGAGGGGAACUGUCAACAACUUUGGAGGUUCACCUUGGAAUUUUGGACAGUUUGAAGAUGUAAGUUUGGAUGCAGCCCUGUAUGUGCUUCAGAAGGCCAAGAUUACAGGACCUGCUUUAGGCAACCCAGUCAUUGUCACCAGGACUUUCACUGCCCAGACCAACAGCAUGGAUGACAGAGGAAUACUUGAGGGUCGUUGGGCGCAAGACUUCCCCCAGCCAUCUACCAAACCUUGGAUUUGGACAGGCAGUGCAGACAUUUUGGAGCAGUUUAUGGAAAAGAAGAAAACUGUCAAAUAUGGACAGUGCUGGGUGUUUUCUGGUGUUUUGUGUACCUUGUGUCGUGCUGUCGGUAUCCCAUGUAGAAGUGUCACUAAUUUUGAAUCUGCCCAUGAUUCUGAUGGCAGUGUGACCAUCGAUGUGCAUUGGAAUGAGGCUGGGGAGCCUGUGGAAGAGUUAAAUGAUUCCAUUUGGAACUUUCAUGUGUGGAAUGAGGCUUGGUUCAAACGUACAGACCUUCCAUCAGGAAAUGAUGGUUGGCAGGUCAUAGAUGCCACACCACAGGAGUCCAGUGGAGGUUUAAUGCAGUGUGGCCCUGCUCCUCUGAGUGCUAUUAAGGCUGGCAAUGUGUAUUACAACUAUGAUACACCAUUUGUGUUUGCAGAAGUCAAUGGGGACCGUAUUCACUGGGAGGUGAAAAAAGAUGGAAGCAUGGAGUGCAUUUACAUAGAGAAGUAUAAGGUUGGGCGGUUCAUUAGCACCAAGGCAGUAGGUAGCAAUGAGCGAGAAGAUCUUACGAGUGCUUACAAGUUCAAGGAAGGUUCAGAUGCAGAACGAGCUGCUGUACGCCAUGCAUUUAAGUUUGGCAGCCGCAGGGAGCAGAAAGUUUAUAAACCUGAGGCAGAAGAUGUUUCCUUCAAGAUCACCAUCCCACCUGUGGUAGCCACAGGGAAGGACUUUAAUGUCCAGCUAGACUUGAAGAAUAAUGGUAACAGCAUUAGGGAUGUCAAGGCCACCUUGACUGCCCUCACUAGCUUCUACACUGGUGUGCCCUCAGAUCGCAUCAAAUGUCAGACAUUUGAAAUAACUUUGGAUCCAGAUCAAGAAAAGAGCAUUGACAUUGAUGUGCUAGCAGAUGACUACAUGGAACUGCUGAAACCUGAUGCACUGAUCCAGGUGUAUGCCAAGGCCAGGGUGCAGCAGACAGGACAGGCAUUUGUUAGAGAGGACACCGUGGAUCUGUCACCUAGCAUGGAGGUUGACGUGUUGAAGCUACAAGCUCCAGAAAGAGUGAAUAGAUCUGAGCCAUUUGAAUUGCGUAUGAAGUUCACUAACCCUCUGAAGAUCCCCAUCACUAAAGGGAUGUUUCGCAUUGAAGCUGCUCACAUCGUACGCAGCAAGGUCAUUCCUAUAAAGAAACCUGUAGGCCCAGGGGCAGAGAUAGAGGUAGUGACAGAGCUCACCUCAGCACGUUCUGGCAAAAAAGAAAUCAUAGUUGGAUUUAGUUCUGACAAAUUAGAUGGUAUCUCUUCAUCAAUUGAAGUGUAUGUGCCUUAUUCUUAUUAAUGGUAUAUUUGUAAGUUGGACAUUCCCAAUAUAGUUUCAUUGAAGAGUGAAAAUUAAGGGCUAUAGAUAUACAGAAUCUCUUUACAUUUCAUCUCCUUAUUAGUACUUUCUUUUUUUUCUAAAAGCAUCUGAGUUAUAUAUGCAAACAUAUGUACUUGUGCACAUUUCAAGGGGUAUUGUGCAGUAGUUGUGAUUUUUAAGGUAUCAGUGUAUAUGCGAUGAAGGAUGGUGCAUUCAAUUAGUACAAUACUAGUAAUAUCUGAUGAGCUUACAUAUCUAUAAAAGCAAUUUUUGAACAAUUUGUCAGUGCUGUUUUUGGAAUUUUGGCAUUUUCCUAGUGUCAUCAAGUUGCCCAGAACACACAAAUUCUGGCUUUGUCAAGUUUACAUGACUUAACUUUUUCAAGAAGUUAUAAAGAGAAGGUCUCUUUUUAACUUCUUGACUUUUUGAAGACUGCUUUUUAUCCCCUGGCUUCAGCAUUAUUUGGCUUUAGACAAGCAAAUUAUUACAUGCACAAUUUACAUUUAUAACUACACAGAAGCAGAGAUUGUUAUCUCACUGCUUCAGAAGAACGCAUUUUCCAAAUGGAACAGAAGUUCAGACUAUAUAAAACACAUUUAAAAUGACAAGAUAAUUACAUCAUUUCAGAAUAUUAAGGCAGAAUAUUAUGGCAGCUGGUUAACAUUACUAGACAAUCAAAACUUGUGCUUUGGUUGCAGUAGAAUACCAUGUACUGUUUUUAUUGAAGGGAUAACAACUGUUCAUUUGGGAAAAAAAGUUUUCCUGGGGUGAACGACAAUUUUCCAUUACUCACAUAUUGUUUAUGAAUCUAUUCUGACAUUCAAAGUUAGUUCCUGUUUUGUUUCUAAAAAGUUUUUUUUUUCAAUAAUUUCUUAAGAGAUUAUUGCAGAGGGUAGACAUCUAUGUAGAUCACAUGGUCUGAUGGCAAGCACAUUUACAAGAAGAAUUGUGAAAACUGCAGUUUUGAUGGUAAAAUAGAAUUGUAUUUCUAGGAGUUGUUUACAAUGUAUUUAUUGUGAAAUAUGGAUCUCAUAGGAAAAGUUGUUAUCCUUUUAGUCUUUGUUAGCAGCAUUUGAAUUAAGAAAAUUGCUUUUAUUAGAAAAUGCCUUUUAUCUUUGUGUGUGUGGCUCAGUCUUGUAAAAAUAGCAUAGACUAAUAUAUUUACUAAUUAAUUUUAUUUUUAGUAACAAUAAACAUAUUUUCUAGUAAGAUUUGAAGAUUACAUAAAAGUGCAAAUUUUUUUCAUUCCACCCAUGGUCUUUAAUAUCAAUGAACCCAUUAUUUGCUUACGAAAUUAAUUUUUUAACUAAUUGUCUCUAGCACAAAGUGUUACAAACCCAGUUGUAACAGUUAUAUUUUCCUUAAUUUGAAAGAAUAAACAUGUUUGCUCUUGUAUUUUUAACGAACUUGUCUAUAUUGGCCUAAAACAAGGCUGUUUGUAUUGCGUGACGAUAUACAAGACUAGAAAAAUGUAUGUCAUGUACUCUGAAAUUUAAAACAAAUUAUUUAUUUUAGACCAAUAGCUAUUCAUUCCAUUUGUUCAUACCUUUAUCAUGAUAAACACUGUCAAAGGAGUUAAAUUGGUCCCACUGAAUACACUUUCAAAUUUACUGAAAGGAAUGAAAAGAAAAACUCAAAAUUGAAAAGUUGCAAUGGCAAUUUCAAUGUGUUUGAGACAUGCUUUAGAGCUACAAAGGAUAGCAUGUUAUAAAUUCACUACACAAAGUGUAUAUAUUUAUAUAUGUCUAAAUAGAUACAUUUAAAAGGCUUAAAACAUGAAUUUCCCAAAAAUCAGGACAAUACAUGAUCUGGAUGUAAAAUUGUGGACGGUUCACUUUUACAUCUGCUUUUUAAAAAAUGAAAGAUUACUGAAUACACUUCCUGUUUGGAGCAUACAUAAUUUUUUUUUU